AUGUGCGCAGAACCUCGCGAACUCGAAGUCCGAGGUGUCAUGAAGGCAGAGUUUGCCGAGCAGAGGGAUCUUCUCAAUGGCUUCACCCAGCAGGUGUCAACCAUGGUGCAGGAAGCUCUGCAGCGACCGGAAACGCCAAUGCUGACGCCAACGCCGCUGCUGCCGAUGCGGCAACCGGAAACCGCGGCAUCUUCGUUCACUUUGCCGCAGUCUCUUUCACUAUCAAUGACUGCGCCACAGUCUCCACGGUCGCCAGCAACCCCUGACUCAGAGGCGCAGGAUCAGAAGCAGCAGCCCAAUUUCUUCAGGUUCAGCACGGCUUCCAACAUGGGUCCGGUCGACACGGAGCAUGCAGGCAUGGCGACACCAGGAACGGCAGAUGCAUCGAGACGGAACAGUAUGGCGUCGAGACGGAACAGCACGGCAUCCAGCAGCCAUGCGUUUAAGCCUGGAGCCGCAAAGGAAGGUGAAGAUGCAGACAUGUCCGAGGGCGAUCGCCGGCAGAGCAAGGUGACGGCGAAGAAGCUGCAAAAAGACCGGUCCACGACUAUCAGCUCAUUGAGGAGCACUGUCACGGCGACACAGUCUGAUGCGGCUGACAAGGCUACCAGCUCCUGGGAUUCUAUUUAUCUCCAGGGCAACUUCAAAGAGCAAAGGAAGAAGGCCGAAGCAGCUGCCAAGAAGCUCUCGACGAUCAACUCUGAGCACGGCGUCUCGUUGAGCCCCAGCCGACUCAGCCGAGAGAUGGACGGGGAGCCCAAGUCCAUUGCCGAGCGGCUGGUGAUGUCCACAGCUUUCAAGGUGGGCAUGCCACUAGUCAUUUUCUUGAACCUCGUGCUUCUUGGAGUUGAGGUGGAUGUCAGUUCGCCGCUUCCUCCGGGGGAAGAUCCGAGAGCGUUCUUCAUCAUGAAUAGUGUGAUUGUCGUCAUCUUUGUUGUGGAGAUCUUGUUGAAGCUUGUCGCCUACGGAUGUCGAGACUUCUUCUUCGGAUCGGAGAAAUUGUGGAACCUGUUCGACCUGUUCAUAGUCGUGCUGUCAGUGUUCGAGAUGUUGGCGGAGCUCCUAUUGUCUGCCAUGGCGCAGACGCAGAUGGAUCCAAGCCACUUGCGAAUCAUGCGCUUCCUCCGCCUUGUCCGCGCCUUGAGGGGCAUCCGUGUGGUACGGCUCCUGCGGUACAUAGGUGCGCUGAGAACCAUUGUCUUCUCCAUCAUCAGUACUCUGGGCUCCGUGUUCUGGACGUCCCUGUUGCUGGUGAUCCUCUUCUACUUAUUUGGCGUGCUGAUCGCGCAAAUCGUCACAGACCACUGCAGGCAGGUGAAGUUUCAACCCGAUGCUUUGGACUGUGCCAAUGAGGACGUGUUCGGCAAGCUCCUGACCUACUGGUCCAGCGUGCCUGAGAGCAUGCUGACGCUUCUCAUGGCCAUCACCGGCGGCCUGAGCUGGAAUGAUGCCCUGAUGCCUCUGCGGUCCGUCUCGGAGAUUGCAACUCGUUUGUAA